AUGGAAAAAAGAAAUAUCAACAAAGUGUGUGCGAUAUUCUUCGAUUUGGACAAUACGCUCAUAGAGACGAGGAAAGCGGACGAGCAGACUUGUAAUAAGCUACUGGAAAUUUUAUAUAAACAGUUCCUUUUACCCCGGGACUCUGCUAAAGAGAUAUGCAACAAGUACUUAAAGUUGUUCAGAAAAUGCCCCGAAAAUUGUUCUAUGGGCCUUCACGAAUGGAGACAACUGCUGUGGGCGAAAGCUCUGGGCGAAAAUCAUCAACACCUGGCCAAUGACAUUUAUGUUCGAUGGUUAGAGCUCAGAUACAAAUAUCUGUCGAUAAAAGCGGAAAUACGCAGCAUGCUGACCUUUCUGAGCGACAAGUACCUCCUGGCCUUGAUAACAAACGGGACUUCGAACGCCCAGUGGGAAAAAAUCGAAAAACUCAACCUCAAGCACUUUUUCGAUCUAAUUUUAGUCUCCGGCGACCAACCGUGGGAGAAACCCCAGCCGGAGAUAUUCCUGGACGCGUGCGAUAACCUCGGCAUCGAACCCCAUCAAGUAAUAAUGGUGGGAGACAAACUAGAAACGGACAUUUUAGGAGGAAUCAACUCGAAAUUGGCUGCUAACGUGUGGAUACCAAUCGAAGGGCAACGCUUGCUCGACGACGAUCCAGCGCCGGAUUUUAUUUUAGAAAAUGUUACCGAACUGGUCUACCUGAUGGCUAAAAUCAACAAACCGGAGAAUCCUAUGGUUAAUAGGUUGCAGGUGAGCGAUAUGGAGGAUUGCAACAGCAACGGGAGCGAUGGAAGCUGA